AUGACUGUUCAAGAAAACGUGCUGAAGGAAGGGUUGGAACAAUUGUUCGACACCGUUGCAUCGCCAAUUUUAAGUGAAGAAUUUGUCGAGGGAGAAGCUGCCAUUGUGGAGUCUGAAUUUAUCAAAGGCCUUAGUCAAGACUCUGUUAGAUACAAUUCUAUUCAGAGAAUGACGUCAAGAAAGGGGGAUCCGUAUGGAUAUUUUGCGACCGGGAACCAAAAUUCUGUCUGGGAACAACCAACCAAGUUCGGAAUAAACGUUACUCAGGCUUUGCAAACGUUUUAUGAAACCUUCUAUUCUGCAAACCUCAUGGUGAUAGCUGUGGCCGGACCACAACCUCUAGAUGAGUUGGAGGACAGUGUGGCAAGAUUUUUUAGCGAUGUUCCAAACAAAGGGACGCUUUUCCCUAUUUGGGAUACGUCUCCGUACGGAAGAGAGGAAUUAGGAACAAUAUUAGAAGUUGUGCCUAUUAGUGACGUUAGAGAACUGGACAUGUACUUUCCCAUAUUAGUGGAGCACUGGGAACAUAGUUUGUACUAUGUCGGAAUUUUUGAACACGAAAGCAAAAACUCGUUGGCUGAGCAUCUCAAAAAAUUAGGCUACAUUUCGUACCUUACCUGCGAAAGAUCAAAACCUUUUCGAGACUAUCGCAUGAUCCUAAUUUCCGCAGUACUUACUCCAUCUGGACUCGAACGUCAAGAUCACAUUGUUCAACUAGUUUUUGAGUAUAUUUCAAUGUUGAAAUUGGUUGGACCACAAGAAUGGUUUUGGGAUGAGAUGCAGCAGAUUGCUGAUGUUAAACGGCGCUGGCGGGACCCGCACCUAACAGAAGAAUUGGUUACAAGCAUUGGAGCCGACCUACUGGAGCAUUCAAUUGAAGAAUCCAUUUUGGAAGCAGUUUUUCAAAAUCGGAGUGUGGUUAGCUAUUCGGAAGAAAUUUUAACCAACAUUGCCGAACUUUUAACUCCAGAUAAUAUGAGGCUCACCAUAUUGUCUCCGAGGGCAGUGAACAAAACGAAAUUUUACGAACCAAUUUAUAAGAUUCACUACAACUAUGGUAAAAUAGAGAGUGAAAAAUUAACGGGAUAUGCGAACUCUUCCUCUAAUAUUUUUAGGCAGCUGCCCCCACCGAAUGCUUAUAUUCCGGAAUUAUUUCAGAUUAAGUCCCAAAACGUCGGGAAACAAUACAUCCGUAGCAUACUUGUCACAGAAUAUUCCCUCAUGUGGUAUCUGGAAGACACAAUCUUCAAGGUUCCAAAGGUCAUGGUGCGGCAAUACUCUUAA